GCGAGUCACGGCUCAGUCCGCGUCGACUCCCCGAUAGGGCAACACCGAUGGUGAACGCCUGAGCGGGGCGGAUGUGAAACGCGCGAGUAGCUGCGAGCUGGCUCGGGCGCUAGUGUGCGACAGUUCGGCCGUGCCAGUGUCAGGAGUGCCGCACGCGCCGGAAUGUAACGCCAGCGGGAGUAUGCGGCUGCCUCUUCUGCCGCUCUUGCUACUGCCGCUCGUGCUCGCCUCUCCUGCUAUCGCCGGGAUCUGCUGGUCUGGGAUGGACCGCGGCGGCCGCUGCAGCUCAGUGGCUGCUCUGCGAGUGGGUCGCGCGGAGUGUUGCGGGGCCGGAGCGAGGGCACCCGCCGCCUGGAGCCCUAGAGACCUCGACAGCGGGGAGAUCUUUUUUUAUAAGGCGUUAUCAGGAGGGGUUCCUUGUACUGCGUGUGCUGAAUCGUGCGCGGGCGUGGCCUGCGGGUCGGGCCGCCGCUGUGCGGUGCGAGGCGGCCGCGCGAGGUGCGUGUGUGCGGCGAGCUGCCGCCGCGCCGGCGCCGUGUGCGGCAGCGACGGACGGACCUAUCGCUCACUGUGCCGCCUGCGACGGAGAGCCUGCCGCCGCCCCGCCAAGCACCUCACGCUGGACUAUCCUGGACCUUGCAGAGUGGGAAGUUGCGAAGGAGUGCGAUGCGGUGGAGAAAAGCGAUGCGUAUUAGACGCGGAGUUAGGGGCACAUUGUGUACGUUGCGGAGCGUGCAGCGUGGCGGGUGCGCCCGUGUGUGCGGUGGACGGACGCACGUACGCCGGCGCGUGCGCUCUGCGGAGAGCGGCGUGCGAGCGGGGCAAGGCGUUACCACUGGCGUACAAAGGAGCGUGUAUUGCUAAUGCUACGUGUGCAACGAUAUGGUGCGGCGCAGGUCAACGGUGUGUGCAAGGUGGCGCGAGUGGUGCUAGAUGCGUCUCUUGCGGGUCCUGUGGGGGAGGGUCCCGGCGUCCUCUGUGUGGCACAGACUCGAGGACAUAUGGUUCGUGGUGCCGUCUGCAACGUGCCGCCUGCCACGCGGGAACCGUCGUCGAUCCGCUGCACCCUGGACCUUGUAAAGGACACAAAAACAGCACCGAGAGUACGACGGUGCAUAAGAAGCGCAAAGAUAAUGGGACACGAGGUCUGUAGACCAGGCGAAGAGCUUCCUAAGUAUUGAUGAUUGGUGACGAAUAGGCAAACAACACGAAAGACUGAAUGGAUAGUUUUGAGCCAGUAUAAUUAAUAUAUAACUUGUCAAAUCACUCCACUAGCUCGACGAUUACUCCUCAAUAUGUCUAAUGCAUUACGAUAUAAAGCCAUACAGUGCAGUGACAGAUGGUUAAAUGGCUACAAAAUCGACUAUAAAUGUCUUCUAAUUAUCGCGCUAUCAUUUUGGAAAAAUAUAUAUCUUGUUACAAAUCCAUGGAAACAUCAACAGAAUCUAAAAAUAUAAUCGGUUAAUAUAAAUUAUUUUCAUUCACUACUUGUAUAGUCAGAAAUAUUUUCUUGUUUUCAAUUUAAUUAAUGAAACAGUAUUUUGUUAUUCAUAAUAUAUUUCAACGUUAUCGUUGGUUUCGUCAUCAUUUACGGCUGUAUGGAUAUUAUAUUUUCAAUGCACUACGACACUUCGUAUAACAUAAGUAUUUUUAUUUCAAUGUACGACCACUUUCUCUAAUUGACUUCUUACUACAUAAUACUAACUUAGUUUAGAACCACACUGAACAUAAUAAUAUAAGAUACAGCGAAUGAAAUCUCAUAGUGUUGUAAUGUAGGUUUAGAAACUGUUUGAAUUUUGUAGAUAUUUCUAAUUAAAACAAGUUUAACACAUUCUUAAAUAAGAGCACCAAAUUGUACUUAACGUUUAGUCAAAAUAUUUACUAGUAGAUAGCACAAUACGAUUACGAAAUUAUGUUCUAGAUAAUUCGAACUUCUUGUCACCCCUGGAGCUUCUAGGAAAAAUUGGACUGAAAUUGUUUAAAAUUUACUAAACUUUAUUACAUCGUUUAAGACUUUGUUUAAUUUUAUUUCACGUCAUGUCCUGCUUACGCAAUAUAAUAUUUAUUACUUAGUUAUGUUUUAGUGCAAUAAUGUUAUUGAAAAUUUUGUGAAAUUUAUUUUUUAUGUGUUUUGUUUUCUAAUAUAAAAAUCGAUCGCGGAGAUCAAUUGAAUUUUAAUUACAAAAAUAUAAGUAUAAGUGAAGGAUUUUUGUUCAGUAUUAUGUGUAUGUAAGAUUUUUAGAAUACUUUAAUUGCAAAAUAUUUUACGUUUAAAAUUUUAAUUUUUUUGUAGACUAAGUAGUGUGGAAAAGUAAUUUAUUGUUACUUUUUAUUUAUUUCCAAAAUGUGUCCAAGCAUUAUGCUAUAUCGUAUUACUUAAUUUUGAGGAAAAUAUUUUAGAUAUUAUGUCUUUUGUGAAAAUAAAUUUAUUUUGGACGUCCUUGCUUAGCUUUAAAAUCGACUAAUACUAUUUAAUUAAGUUUUAACGGAUUUACUUUAUUUGUUUUAUUAUUAUAUAAUAAAGAAAUCCUCAGAAAAGUUUCCGACACACCUACAGAAAUAUUGUAUUAAUAAAGUCAGUUGUGGAAAUUCCCAAAUAUGCUUGUUUUAUAAAGAACUUUUAGAGAACCGUAUUUUCUUUGGAUUAUUAUUAUUAGCAUUCCAGUGUAUUUUACAAUUUAAUGCUUUUAAUAAACAAUCUUAAACCUGAAGUUAAUUUAUUGCUGUAACCAUGUAAUCCAAAGAUUCUUGAAUUCUUAUAAAAUGGUCUCAUUAAAACGGUUACAUUGUUUUUGAAGCUUAAAUAUUGUAAUAUAUUAUUUAUAUGUAGUGUAUUAGGAUUACUUGAUGCGCCUGUCCAGUUUUAUCCUCUUGUCAAAUAUGUUAAUGUAAGAAUAACUCAAAUGGCCUUACAAAUAAACUUGGUAUAAAAUGAUUACUGAGAAUAAACCUCAAAUAUGCACAUUGUCUACAAAUAGACAUUAAAUUAUUAAAAUUGGUUAAUUUGGAAGUAUAACGUUUCCCGCGUUUAUUUACAAGGCUGCUUGACAUUCGGAAAACUUCAGAAUUAUCACUGUAUUGGCAGUGUAGUCGGUGACAACAUUUAGCAUAUUCUUUGUUUAUUAUGAGGUAUAACUUUUUACCUAGUUUAUUAAUAGUAAGGCCGUUAAUGUCUACAUUAUCUUUAUAAAUAAACAUAUAAAUUAUUUUGCUUUCUAUCGCAGUUUUUCGCCAAAUAAAACGUAGGCGCGUUUGUCUGUAAUAUUAUUUUCUAUUACUGGUAACGUAUUCUAUAUUUUUUAUAAUUUCAAAUAUUAACAUCAACUGUAAAUAAAUCACUAUAUUCAUUAAUUAAAUAAGGUACCACUUCUUGCAUCGUCAUUUAUCCACUGAUUUCAUAAUAAUGGCUUGUGUCUUUCGAGGAUAACCCAUAGAAAUUUAAUCAUUAAGUUGACUACAAAUUUUACAGAUUUUACUAUAUAUAUAGCCUGGAAUAUUUGUUCGUGACAACCGCACUAGGUACUUUUACCGAUUACCUAAAUUAAAUUUGUAACCAAAAGUUAUAAUAAUUUGUUAUUGUUACAAUAACAAAUUGCUUAGAUUUGAAAGAGCGACAUCUCAAGUUAAUUUCCUAAUAUGCAAUUAUUGGGAUUUAGCAGGUUAUCAACUGUAUAGUAGAUCCUGUAGAUGGAGCCACAACCUGAGAGUUGAACAAGAUAUACAAAGAUUUAAGAAACAUACGUUACUCGGACGGAAUUCGAGUCCCGCAUCGUUCAUAAAUUUUGGUUAGUAAUUUAAUUUAAUAAAUCCCAGAAGCGAGGGAUAUCACUUAAAAUAACAAAUUGUUUAGACAUACUGAUGACAGUUCCAACAACCAAAUUCUCACAAGUUACAUCCGUCAUGGUGUUGACUAUGGUAUUGUCACCAACUAAAUACGCAACUAUCUAUCGCACGUGUCUUGAGAUCGGGUCGAGUCUUGUACGAUUUCCCAAGUAUCGUCUACAGUAAUUUGGAAAUAGUAGGUAAAUUAAAUUAUUAACCUUGCAUAUGCGUAACUAUCUUAAAUAAUUGUGAGUCCCCAUUUUUUUUAUCGUUUCAUUUACAAUGUCCAUAUCAUUAAAAUCCACUGCCCUCUACUAUAAUACCACUGGCCGGCUGUCAAAGUGCUUUUGUGCCUGUUUGAUAUUCGAAGAAUUCGUAGCGAGAGUCUGCGGUACUAAAACUGGUGAUGACAACCUCAGCAAAAUCGAUAGAUCGUGGGAAACUAUUUACAAAAAAAAAAUGUUGAAUUGAAGUAUAAAUAACACGGAAAACGAACGAAAACAACAAAUACGGACAAAAAUUUUGUUGUCAAGCAUAUGGAACAGCCUGUGCAGUGGUAUUUAUACAGGUCAAUGUUAAAAACACUAUAAUAGUAACUUAUCGGUCUACCUGUCAGAAUCUACGUUAGGAAAUUAAAAUGUCAAAUCCUAAUUUUCGAAUUGUUAAAAUGUUUUAUGAAUGAUUUGAUGAAUGUAGUGAAACUACUUAAUUUGUUGUAAGCGAUGAAACGUAGAGAUGAUGUAUAAUAUAUUUCCUUGUUUCUUCAUAAAUAUUUUAAAUGUG